UGCAGCAGUUUCUCCGUCUGGUAACACUGAACGACGCAAAUCGAGAGAAAGAACCAAAAAAGUUUGCGGAAAAGUGCAACAAUUAAUUUCCCCCGCCAUCGAAAUGCUGCCAUGCAUAUAGUCGAUCGCAUUCGAUUGAAAAUGCGCUGCUGCGUAUGACAACAGUUUUCCAAGCGAGGUAAUUGCAGUCUGGUUUUAUCGCGUGUGCGUGUGUGUGGGAUAAACGCGUGUCCAGGAAAAACGCGCCAACCAAUAACAAAAAACAACCAACUAACUACCGCCCACCCAGCGAUCACGCGCCCCCAACCCCAUUUAAAUGAUAAUGGUGCGAAGACGACAACGGCCCGCCAAGGAGACCACAUCCUCAUCCUCUGGUGGAGCCUCCUUGGAGUCUGGAAUUCCGGUUGACCAAACGCUGCCACUAAAUGUGGCGGGAAAUUUGCUGGAGGAUCAGUAUUUUGCCAGCCCCAAGCGGAAAGACUGCCGAUUGAUGAAGGUCAGCGAAAAUGGUCAACUGCCGGAAGCCACAAUGAUGGCCCACAAAGGCCAUCACAAAGACAACAAAGCGGGUCGCACAAUAGGGGUUCCCUUGGCCACACGCUCGCAAACUCGCACUAUUGAGAACUUCUUUAAAGCCAAUGCUGCCGUUAAGGACACCCAAAAGACAAUACAUACAGAGGAGCACCUGGAGCUGGGUGAUCAAGAGCUAAAACUGGAGGAUGAGGAUCUAAAUGUGCAACUAAAUAUAGGUGAUGAAGAGCUAAAGUUAGCAGGCGAACAGAUAAAUGGGCACGUGCCCUUUGUGGACGAAGAAGAUGCCAAGGCCGAACAAAAGCUAAUGGACGAGGAGCUGCAGCAAGUGGUGGAGGAACUAUUAUUCGAUGGCAGCUCCAGAGCUUCUUCAAAUUCGCCCUGCUAUCAGCACGAAAUGGAGGCCAUUCAGGAGAUUCCUGAAAUGUCACACAUCAAAGAGAUCACAGAGCCACAAGAAGGACUGGGCACUCUGGGCGACUUCCAAACUCAUCGCUCUGCGUUGCGAGACAGUCAUAGCUCCACCCACAGCAGCAGCACCGACAACAUCUUCCUGCAAGAACCCGUGCUUACCCUGGACAUAGAUCGCACACCCACCAAAGCUUCCAGUAUAAAAAUCAAUCGGAGUUUUGAACUCGCAGGAGCCGUAUUCUCAUCACCUCCAUCGGUGCUAAAUGCCUGCCUUAAUGGGCGCUUUAAUCAAAUAGUAAGCCUAAAUGGACAAAAGGAGCCACUGGCUGGACCAAAUUUCGAUUUGGAUCAUCAUGACAGCAGUUCUUGUGACAGCGGCGUGGCCUGUGGACUAACUGUCAACACAGAAUCGCCAGCGGGGCAAGCUCGCCGCAGAAAGCCAGCUACCCCGCAUCGUAUUCUGUGUCCCUCGCCCAUCAAAACGGCUUUAAAGGCUACAGGAGGGAUUUGCAAGGUUGGAUCGACGGAUUCAUUAUCACCACGCAAGUCACCAAGAAAAUUGCCCGCCACCACGGCAGCGGUGGCCGCCUGUAAGUCGCGCCGAAGACUGAACCAGCCAAAGCCACAAGCGCCUUAUCAGCCACAGCCUCAGCUACAAAAACCACCGCCACAACAACAACAGCAGCAGCAGGGGGACGUCGUAGUGGUGCUAGAUGACGAAGAUGAAGAGGAGGACGAUGACGAUGUCCAUGCCUUGCUCAAGGCCGCCGAAGAGCGGGAAAAUCAGAACAAAGCACCAGCCACAACCAACAGUAACAAAGUGGGCAUGAAAGCCAUGCUGAAGCCAGCACCUGUGAAAUCUAAGACCAAAAACAAGGGGCCAGCAAAGGGUCAACCGCCACUGCCUUUGGCUGCCACCAAUGGCAACCGUGAGAUGACCGACUUCUUCCCGGUCCGAAGAAGUGUACGCAAGACUAAGACAGCCGUCAAAGAAGAAUGGAUGAGAGGCCUAGAGCAAGCGAUACUCGAAGAACGUUGCGAGGGUCUCCAAGUUCGUCACUUCAUGGGCAAAGGACGAGGCGUAGUUGCUGAAAGACCUUUCAAACGUAACGAGUUUGUAGUUGAAUAUGUGGGAGAUCUCAUCUCCAUCACCGAGGCCGCUGAACGGGAGAAACGCUACGCGUUGGAUGAGAAUGCCGGGUGCUAUAUGUACUAUUUCAAGCACAAGACCCAGCAGUACUGCAUCGAUGCCACAGUUGACACCGGAAAGCUGGGACGCCUCAUCAAUCACUCACGUGCUGGCAACCUGAUGACCAAAGUGGUACUCAUCAAGCAGCGACCUCAUCUCGUACUCCUGGCCAAAGACGACAUUGAGCCGGGGGAGGAGCUGACCUACGACUACGGAGAUCGAUCCAAGGAAUCCCUGUUGCAUCAUCCUUGGUUGGCCUUCUGAGGAAGAGCUUUCCAGGAGCUCACAAAAGGGGAUGCGGUUCAGCCUUAAAACGAAGACUAUUUACCAUGUUCGAGGCAGAGAAUCUUAAUCAUAAGACUAGGGCUAAACAGGUUUUUGGCUCGAGGGAUUCUUACAUAGCUUUUAUAGACAGAUUGCCGCGCCUUGACACAGCCAAAUUGUUUUCCGCCCUGUUCCCAUUACGAUAAGUUGCCGGAAUUGUUUUUUAAUUCAUAAUUUUCGUUAACACAAAAUUUACAAAGAUCGAUACAUGUUAAUUUUUUUGGUAAGACCAAUUCAAUCAAUCAAAAUUCCGGCAACUUAAAUCAGAAUGGAUCGCAGAGCAGGGUAUUUGAGACCUGUUCUGGACAUCCCCGAGCUUAGAUCUUAUUUGAGGAAAAGUAUGUAAACUGUUAGUUCAAAAUAUCAUAACCGAUAGCGAAACACCCACACACCCCUCACCCAUGGGACGGAAAGUAAUCAGUGUAAAUUCUAACACGUUUGCCACAGAAAUUGGUCUAAUGUCAAUUUUGGUCUUUGCCGUUUCCAACAUCAAAUACAUUUAAAGAUUUAAAGAUUUUCUUUGGUCAGUUAAAUAAUCGAAAUUAAUUAAUUAAGAAUAAACUUAUCAAAAAGACCUAGACUAUAGAGAUUGUAAAUUGAUAUUAGACCCAUGAUCCCUAUAGCAAAAUGCCUUAAAAUUGUACGAUUACGAUUCAACCCUAGGACUCUUUAUCAAAAGAUCAAUCCACCCGUGCCCCCCACACACUCAUGAGCAUAUUUUUUGGAUUUGUUAGCUUUUCAUUAUGUUAGAGCAAGGCUAAAAUUAAGGAGAGAUAAUAAUAUUAAUAAUUAAACAAAAACAACGCGCUUAAGCAUUAAGGCAUCUUAAGAUAAUUGAAUGAAAAUGAAAAACUGUUGACCAUUUAGAGAGAGAUGAUGAUUAUCAUGAAGAUGUUAAUGGAGACAUACAUUCACAUUGACAUAAAUCGAUCGUACACUAUUUAUAUAGAUAUUUAUAUUAGAUACAUGUGUAAUUUCUAACUAUUACGUACUAUUUACUGCCAUAGAGCUAUACACCCCCUCGCACCUGCUCCAAGAAAAACCACCCCCUAGGAACUGACACUAAAUCGUUGAUUUAUAUCAUAGACACAACACUCAUUAAUUCACGAGGCUUCUCCAGGAGAGUAGUGGACUGCUGGACACCUAGUGCUUCAAUUUACUUAUAAUCUCUCUACUCACACGCAGGUUUCAAUCACACACACUCACUCGAACAACCAUAUUCUAGAUAUAUAUACUUAACGAUAGAUCACCUCGCCCGCCCUCGUCCCAGAAAUCCGGCUUCUAUAUAGUUCAGCGACUGAGUUCAAAUUUAUGUUGUAACCCCUCCCCAUUAAUUUACCAUGAUUUCUGUAUUUCAAUGAAUGCUCCAAUAUAUUGAAGGAUUUUGUUUUUUAAAUAGGUUUAUUUUAAUCUGCGCAUAUCUUUAAUUUUACAAUAUGUUAAAUAUAUAUUUUAAUACGUUCUAGUA